UGCCCCGAGUUGACACCGCUCUAGGCACCGCCCUUUAAACCAUACCCGUCGCCUGUACACGAGAAAGUCCGCCGGGGAUCCGCAGAGCAAGCUGUUGCCGACAUGGCCGCCACUGCCCCCAACGGAGCGGGCCCUGUGCCCCCGCGACCGCACAGCGAUAGUGCGUCUCCUCGCGCCGCGUCAGUGCCCAAGACGGUUACAUUCUCCCUCAUUAAGCCCGUCAGAGCGCGCUUGCCUCUCCGCGUAUCGAUCUACCUCCAUGAUACGACGGACUCGAUCAUCACCACCGUCAAAAACUUUUACGGUCUCUAUUCUGGCCCGGGCGUCUCGAAGGGCCUCAGUUUUGAAGACGAAAAUGGUAACAUCCUGAUCGCACGCUACGAGAACUUCUCCGACGGCAUGAACGUGAACGUGCGUGUCAUCGAGGAGCCUUUGGGACCCGGAUACCAUGGUGCUCUCGGCGGCGACCAAGCUUACUACAACUCCGAUGGGCACCUGCUUCAAGCGCCUCAAGCCGAGCAUCACCCUUCCCGUCUCCCGGCCGGAGCUUCGCCCUUGCGCAGCCCAUCACCGAACGGCGGACGUGGUCGCCGCAGCACCUCCGCGGGGGCCAACGCCGCUGGGACCAAGAAGGGUCGGUCCCGCUCGUCCAAGAAUCGCACCCAGACGAACGGUGAAGCGCAUCUCGACAGUUUUAGCGGGUACAGCAGCGGCGACGGUGCGUCCGGUUCAUUUUCCAGCCGGACCAAGGAGCACCUUGGGAACACCGAUAUCAGCCUGGACAAUAUUGUGGAAGGGGGCCGCCGCAACCGCGCCAAGUUUGAAAGCUCGGAACUGCCUUUGUUUGCGCCCAAUCUUAUGCCGGCGGCUACGUCGAACCCUUCGAUUUCUCCGGCCCGUCGGAUGGACCCUCAUCGCAACUCACUUCCCUUCCUGUACUCCGGUCAACACGCCUUCAGCAACCCACACCCUCUCCCCUCCCCGCCCGGGCACGCUAAUGGCCAUGCUGGCACGCAUACCACUCCAGGAGCUGGCCAUGGUCGUAAUCGUGGGAGCUUCGGGCACGCAGUCGGGCAAGGAGUCGGCCCCGGCAAUCAAUUGAUGGCCACCCCUGACCCGACUGUGGGCAGUUCUAAUAUGUCGGAGGAGGACAAGGAUGUAGCGAUGCAGCUUAUACGCCUGUGCGGCGGACCAUCUCAGGCUCGCCGCUCAGGCUCAGCGAUGGAUGACACGUUCAGCGGUAGAGCCGAUGCCGCUUCCUCCGUGGGCGCGACCAGCGACGCAGGGAGCUCCAGCGAGGACGAGGAGCCCGCCGCGCGCCGACAGAAGCUCGACUCCUCUGGAAACCACAAAAGAAUGUUCGGCACUACAAGCAGCCACUUUGCUGGCCCCAAAGACAGUGCUGAAGCGAGUGCCGACGAGAGCGAAGGUUCGGACGGCGCUGAGAAGGGCACAAUGGCCGCGUCCGGGAAGAACCGGAAACUCAAGGCCAACACUCUGAGCGGUGCCAAGGCCCGCGCGCAGUCGUCGCCCAAGAUGAAGGCCUCCAAAGUCUCGAAACCAAAGGUCAAGAAGACGCCAAGCGCUACGGUUCCCAUGACCCCAGCUUCGCUCCCUGCCUCGCGGAAGCCGUCGGUUGCUUCCAACCCGGCCUUUUCGUUAGGCCCGGGCGAGGAGGAGCAGCCCGACCUGUCUACUAAACCUCGCUGCCAACGGUGCCGGAAGAGUAAGAAGGGCUGCGACAGACAGAGGCCUUGUGGCAGAUGCCGUGACGCCGGUAUUCCCGCGGAAUUAUGCAUCAGCGAGGACGAGGGCAACGGCCGCAAGGGCCGAUACGGUCGGCACAUGGGGGUGCCCAUCAAGCGGGAAGAUAUGCCGCCUCCGGCCCCGGCCUUACUCCCCGCCGCGCCGGUCGGCGCUGAUAUGGGCGCCUUGGCGGCUACCGCCAACCCUGCGGGACCCGCAGCAGUCGACAAGAACAAAAAGCGCAAGAGGUAGACAGUCGAGAGGCGUGACACGCCUGCUGCUGCCCUCUUCACGAACCGC